AUGACGACAACAGCAGAAACAUAUCUUUCAACACAAGCAUCAUUUACAAAUGAAACAAAUACUACAACUACUGCUACUACUACAAAUAAUGAAGAUCAAUCAUCGUCAGCGAUUGCUGCUAAUGUGACAAUUGAUGAACUCGUUCAAUCAUGUUGUACUGAACUAUUACCAUCAUCUAGUCAAUUGAAUAGUAGUAGUAGUGCUUCACCAACACAUCUCGUACGAUUUGUUCAUUCACAAUCAUCACUUGUUAGUCAGAUAGAUGAACAACAACGUCCAUCUGAACAAGGUACUACAAACUCUUCUUCGUCUAGUCAUGAUGCACCUGUUAAACAACAGCAACAACAACAACCACCACUAAUUAAUGUAACGCGUUUACCUUCACCAUUUAAACCAAAAACAAUCAUUGAAUCAACAAAUUCAAUGCAAAAUACAACUAAUUUAAGUAAUAUAACAGCAAAUAAUAUUAGUGUGAAUAAUUAUAACGUUAAUAUUCAUACGACUAAUGUUCAACAACAACCAACGAAUAUAUUAAAUAAUGAACUCGUAACAAAAAAAUGCCAAUUCGAUGAAAAACAAACAACAGAAAUUGUUUCGCAAAUAUUAAAAAAUAUCAAAGAAGUUGAUGAACAUCAAGCGAAUGCAACAACAACAACAACAAAUUAUAAUAUCCACAUUGAUUCAUUUAAUUUUAGUUCAACAAAUCAACAACAACAACAUCAUUCAACAAUUAUUAAAAAAUCACGUGUUAAAAAAGAAGCAACAGCAUUAACCAGAAUUAUUCUCAAAGACGAAACACUGUCGCGGAGUAAAAAACCAACAAAAAAUUUAUCGACGCCAAAUUUCAAUUUAACUAAUAAUUCACAACCUAUGGAAUUCCUUCCUGUACCUUAUGGAUGGCAACGAAGAAUAUUAGCACCAGAUGUUGUUGUUUAUCUUACUCCAACUAAUGUUAUACUCGAUUCAUUAGAUGCUAUACGUCAAUAUCUAGAAAUGCCGACAUCAUGCAAAUGUGGUCUUCAAUGUCCGCUUAUUGUUGAUAAGGUUUUCAAUUUUGAUUCGACGAUAAAAUCGAAAUCUUGGGAAGUAACACAAGUACUGGAAGGUACUCAUUGUCGACAAAAAUCGAACAUUUUAGAAAUGGCAACAUUAACAAAUUGUAUUGAUUCAUUUUGUGAAACAGAACAAAAACCUGUUAAACGUCGAAAACGAACACAUGCUGAAACAGCAAAUGGAAACGUAUUUGUUUGUGCAUCGAAUUCAUCAAAUAUUCUACAAGCAAAUAAUGAAUCAGCCGUUUUUGUUAAUAGUACAAAUCAAGCAAUCGAAGGAGGCCAAUCGAUGACAUGGACCCCAUUGCAACAAAGUGGUGUUACUCCGCCGUCGAAACGGCCGCGUGGUCGUCCUCGUAAAACAGCCGUUACUCCGCCUGCCAUUGCUCAAUUGGCGGUCAAACCAUCUCAUGAUAAUCAUCAGCCAGUUCCAUCGUCGCUUCUUUCUCCUCCGGCAUCCGUCUCAUCGACAUCGCAAACGAAUCUAGUGCAUAGAAAUUCAACAUCACCAUCGACUCAUCAUCAAAAUAAUAAUAAUAAUAAUAAUAAUCAUCUUCGUUACAUAAAUGACAACGUUCUAACACCGUCGUCAACCACCGAUACAAAUGUGAUCGCUCGAGUUCCAUCUCUAUUUGAACAAGUUAAAACAACAACCAAUGAAUCAACAUUUGCUGUUCUAUCUGGUGUACAAAAUGUUCUUCUUUCACCGAAUAGAGACACGAACAACAACAACAACAACAAUAAUAAUAAUAAACGCGUACAUAUUGAAUCUGCAUCAUCUGUUGUAUCAGCAACUGGCAAACCAGUGACAUUAAAUGUUAAUGCGCUUAAACCGGAUUUUGUUCGGUCGCCAGCUGCUGCUCAAAAGCCUUGUUCGACAACUCCCAAUCAAAUUGAUGUGAUCUCUCUAAUGGGUGCAAACAACAGUCAAACACAAUUAAUGGUAACGAAAACAACAUCAAAACCAAUUGCACCUGUACCAUCAACAACGACCAAUUCGGAUGAAUAUACCCUAGUAAAAUCUUCCAGCGAACAAACUAAUGAUGCGUCACAACCAUUGAUGAUUGAUUUUAAUGAUCCAUCAACAACAAAUUUUCUUUUAUCGGCGCUUGCAUCCGGAGCGUCAUCGGAUUCGAAUGCAAUUGUCAAUCAUCUUUUUCAAAAAGCCCAAACGCAACAACAACGCGGUAGUACACCGCCGCCGCCACCACCACCAUCAUCGCCGGCAACCAUAAAGAAAAAACCUCCUAGUAUUUCGUCUGGAUUAAAAAAUUGUACAGAAACAACUAAUUUAUUACCGAUUACGAAUUCAACUAAUCGUCAGCCUGUUGUACUUCAUGUACCAGCAACAACAAUUACAAAUGAUUAUAAUCAACAAUCACAACAAAUUAUUUUUAGUAGUAGUAGCAAUAAUAAUAAUGGCGAAAGAAAGCAGCCCCAACAAAUAUUUUUUAUUAACAAUAAACCAUAUGUUAUUCAACAGAAACUUACACAUGAUCAAUCAUCUCAGCAAAGAUUGGUUCUAACACCAUCGAUAUCUCAAUCAGAUGCAGAACAUACUGUUCAUAAUACACCUCAUACGAAUCGAACUAUUGCUCCUGCUCAACAAAAUAGUACUCACCCAAGUGGCCAAUCAACCUUAGAUGAUGGUGGCAAUUGUCUAGUAGUAAACGGCGUUGUUGAACCUCGAACAUUGAGUAGCUUACUUAAAGGACUUAAUCCAUCGUCGUUUUCUGGCGUUGAUAAUCUUAUCGAUACGAUACAUCGUUUUGAACACACAACACCGACGGAACAAAACGAUAAUUUAUCACUUAAACCUUCUCGACCACUUGCAAAAUCUAGUCCAGCAAGGAAAACAAAUCCAGAUAAACCACCGCCAAGACGUCGAGCACCUAAAAAACUCAAACAAGAACAACAACCAACAUCAGUAACUAUGCCACCCCCUCCUCCUCCUCCUCCUCCUCCUCCCCUUGUUUCACAGCCAUCAUCGGUUCCACCACCACCUAUACAACCAAUUGUUGCUGAUCAACAACAAUGGCAAACCGAUUUUAAUUCCUUUGAUUUUACAACAGCAUGGGGUAGUGAUACAAAUUUAAAUUCUCUUUUAUUAAACGAUGAUUUCGAUACGGCCGCAUCAUUUGAUGAUGUUAACUUUGGAGACUUUGAACCAUAUAUGAAUGGAAAUAAUAAUCCAAAUGCAACUGAUUCAAUAUUGCCUUCGUUAUUUGGCAAGCCAUUACCGCCAGAUACAUUGCCAGGUGUUGAUCAUCUUUUACCUUGA